GGAGAUAGAGGGGGAGGGGAGGGGGGGGGGGGGGGGGGCGAAAUGUAUAAGAACCAGCUGCAGGAGCUGGCGCAGAGGAGCUGCUUCAACCUGCCUUCCUACACCUGCAUCCGGGAGGGCCCCGACCACGCCCCUCGCUUCAAGGCGGCCGUCAACUUCAACGGCGAGGUCUUCGAGAGCCCCGGCUACUGCUCCACCCUCCGCCAGGCCGAGCACUCCGCCGCCGAGGUCGCUCUCCACUCCCUCUCCUCUCGCGGUCCUUCCCACUCCCUCGCCGCCCGUAUCCUGGAUGAGACGGGAAUAUACAAGAACCUCUUGCAGGAGAUCUCACAGAGAGUUGGAGCCCCAUUGCCUCAAUAUACGACUUUCAGAUAUGGGCUUGGUCACCAACCUGUUUUCACAGGGACAGUAGAAUUAGCUGGGAUCAUUUUCACUGGCGAGCCUGCCAAGAAUAAGAAACAAGCGGAAAAGAAUGCUGCUAUGGCAGCGUGGUCAUCUCUGAAACAAUUGGCAAAGGAAUCAGCAAGCUCGCCUGAAGCAGAUAACAGUGAUGAGCUUGAACAGAUAACGGUGGCACGAGCCUUAAUAAAUUAUCGUUUGAAGGAGAAGAUAGCAUUGGGCAACUCUCCUGGUGGCUCAAUACCAUUCCCAAAAAAGUUCACGACUCAAAACGCUAGACCAACCAGCCCACAGCCGCAACCACCAAGCACAUCAAAGAUCCUGCCUUUGAUUUGCCCAAAGACGAUGGUCCCUCGUAGCAGACCAUCAUCACCUGCAAAGGACAAUGUUGUGCCGCCACGAUAUUCUCCGUCUCUGGAAUGCCAUGGGAGCCGACCUCAGAAGUUCCCUGCAGCAGGGGCGUCUCCUUAUGUACCGAUCAGCCAAUUUAGGGCAUCUUGCAGGGGCAUGGCACCACCUGUGACAAUAAGAAAUGCCAUGCCUGUGUUCUCUGCUCCGCCUCGUCCACCACCUGCUAGGAUCGGCACCUCAGUAAUGCAGGCCCCACCAGUGCGGAUUGCCCCUCCCGUGUCUGUCAGGCAAGCUGUGCCAGUGUUUGCUGCUCCACCGGCUCGGAAGGAAGAUGUACACCCGGUCCCAAAAGAGGAACCUCUGGCCUUUGUUCCUUCGACGCCACCGAAUCAGUCCGCCCCUGAAGUAGGAGCCAAGAAUCCCGAGAAAAGCACCCUGCAAGAAGAAUCGGCAGUAGUAGAGAGCAUAGAUAAACUUAAAAUAUAAUGGCGGUUUUGGAAAAGUGUGAGUCUAGGAAAUAGCGUUAUGGCUUUGGACAGCCUUAGGUUUGGCUUAUGUCUUCUGUUCUCUUCUUGUUAUAAGAUUGCCCCUCCCUCCUGCCUCCUCUCUCUCUCUCUCUCUCUCUCUCGUAUUUUUUCCUACCUAGUCCCUUGUUAAGAGCUACAGUCGGUGAAAGUUAUUAGCUUCGGUUUGUAAUUUGACUUUGGUCGGCACAUCUUUGCUGCUUGUGCUGAGUUGAUGAAA